AUGGCCUCCGCCAGCCCCAGAAGCACCCCUCCCUUUUUUCACCCCUCCUCCUUCCAACCCCUUCAUCCCCCUUCACCUCCCCCUCACCUCCCCCUCAACACCCCCCCUUCCCUUCCCCCCCCUACACCCCUUCACAUCCCUUCAAUCCCCCUUCAGCCCCCUUCAUCCCCCCUGUCUUGGCAGGAAUUCGUGGGCCAGACGCUGGCGUGGGAGAAGCAGGUGGGGAGCUGGGAAGGGUGGGGAAAGGAGAGUGGGGAAGGGGGGGUGGGGGAGAGGGGGGAAAGGAGAGUGGGGAAGGGGGGGGGUGGGGGAGAGGGGGGAAGGGAGGGUAUGGGGAGGGGACAAGAUACCGCUUUUGUGAGCAGUGUGGGGGGGGGCGAACAGUGGGCUAGACGUGGCCACUCUGCUACCCUUUGCCCAUUCUCCCCUUCCACCCACCCUUCUCCCCCACCUCCCCUCCCCCCUCCUCCGCCUUUCUCUUCUCUCCCCACCCCACCUCGUCUUGGCACCUGCUUCUCCCACACGGACUUGUGCUCCACCGACUCCCAUCCCUACAGCGCCCCCAGGCGCACUGCUUGGGGAGGAGGAGGUGCGUUCUGA